AUGGCCUGCCAGCUGAUUACUCAAACUUUGUGUCGCUAUAUUUUGGUACGUCGACAGUAUCUCUGCAGGCCAAGACAUUCUGAUCAAUGCAUUUGUGAUAAUGUCACCCAGCCAAGCCUCCAGCUAUGUUUCGGUCUUAUGCCUUCUGAACCUCAAACUACCUGCUCUGAGGAUGCCUGUUAUGCCAGCUGUCCAUCCUGGUCAGCCUGGAGCUACUGUCCCCCCCUUGCCUGUAUUAAAGCCGACUCCGUUGUGUCCCGUAAACGCCAAUGUCCUUGUGGGCCCAGCGACUAUACAAUUUUGGAUGAUGUGAGAACGCUGUAUAAACCUAGAGAGGGAGUAUGCCAGCAAGAUGGAUUCUGCGAACAGAUCUGCCGAGUCAAAACGGAAGUUACGCCCGAAUACAGCACGAGCAUUUCUUCUGAUGUGGCGGCUAUUUCAGUUUUUCCCACUUGGGUCGCCUAUCUGCUGGCCCCACUCAGUGUCAUAACACUAAUAAUAGUGCUACUUGUCUGCUUCAGAUUGAUCAAGUUAUUGAUGAUCAAGAGACGUCGUCAAAACAUCGAACCCAAUUCUGAGUCGUUGCGGGAAAUCAGUAACUCUGACACUAUUCAGACACACCCAACUGACUCAAUGGGCCUCGAAGCCGGUGAUCGGCCAGAUAUCUCGUGGAGCAACAUUCUGCCGCAUUUCAGUCCCACUAGAACAUCGGGUCUUCUGCCGCCCCCCCCACUGGUGAACCCGGCCUUUACAGAGGAGGAUCGCCUUCCUCCAGAUUACGAGGAACUGAGUAAAGUAAACUGCCUACCACCAAAUUAUGAGGAAGCCAACAAGCCGGAAGAACAACAGCAGUUGCCGCCACCACCAGCGCCGCCGCCGCCGCCUCCACCUUCGCCACCUUCAUAG